AUGCUUUCAUGGACCUCAUCCAACGAGUCCUCCUCGUCUUGUCACCUCCCGGUCGAUACCUGUUGUUCAUCUUUCCUCGCGUCCUCCGUCCGACAUGAGCGAGGCGAUGCUGUCGGUACCGAAUCUUACAGUCUCGAGGGUGCACUCUCGCCGACACGGACAUACGUGGGCGGAGCUCUUGCAGACGAGAUGGCGGAGACCGAGAGUCUCGCAGCGACUGCGACUCACAAAAAUGCUGCCAGGGUACGAGGCAGUAGUGUCGGGCAUGGACAAGGAGGCGGCGGUGCCGUGGUGGAGGCCACUCCAGGCGGCCGCUCCCCUUCUCACUCCUCGUCCAUGCCGGCGGCAAAAGAGGCGCCACGGACUGAUAUCGCUCACAGCCGCGGCGACAGUCCGUGCGUACUGGUAGAGGUGUGGCCUGCACACCCGCAGACUCAUCCUGGCUCGCUGACCUCUGCGUUGGCGAAGGGGCACCGCAGGGGCAGUGGGUCCCGAGACGAUGGCCACGACGGCGCAGAGGUGCUGCAGCGACAGCAGCUGAGCAUGCUCCCUAUCACGGACAUGCAGUCCUCUUCCGACACCAUGGGUGCCGCAGGGGUACCGCAUUACCAACACGCACACCGCACCGCCGCACUGCCGUCACGCAGCCCCCCUUCUGCUCAGUUGUCCCCCACAUGCAACUCACCUCCGCUGGUCUUGACGGCAGCUACAGAGCUGCAACAGCAGCAGCAGCACGUCUACCAACCAGUACCACCGUCAGCGCUGGAGGUCGCGCUUCCCCGCAUCCUCGCCCUCAGAACUCCUUCGUUGCAGAGAGUCGUGAAGGACCAGCGACUGACAUCGUCCUCCUCGACUCUGUGUACGCCAGCAGUCGCAUGCCCAGUUUCUCCUUCCACAUCCAUUUCGCAGUCUGCAGCACAGCACACGCGCUCGCCCUCGCCGUCUUUGCGCAGCCCAACUCCACUGGACCUCACGGCGCCGCCGAAAUAUCGCCCAGCUUGCCGCAGCGACACGGUGGAGGUCGUGGAGGAGAUUGGAGAAGUCGAGGACCCGGAAGAGGACGGCGAUGUGGAACGGCGAGGCAACGGUGCUGCUGCCCCGCGGAAGUCCAGUCAGUCGACGCGGCAAAGGCCACGAAAGCUCAGCUUCAGUGGGCGACCAGCAACGGUAACAGAGACUCACUUCGCCACCGCCUCCCCGACAGAAGCCGGCGCACUUGACAAGGCCUGUGUAGCGCCAUCUUCUUCCACCUCUUCCCCCGCUGGACUUUACUCCGAUGCCAACGCAUCUGGAGCACCAGCUAAGGCACAGGCAACACUUGUCGCCGCGGGCGAGUCGAAGCCAGCGCGGAUUAGUGCACCGGAGGCCAAUCAUACGCUGAAGCUCGCAACAGGGGUGGCAGCGCAACAGCAGCUGCCGCCACUCUCGCCGCCACGCUCUCUCUCGCAUCCCCUCUUCCCCUCUUCGCCAUCUCUGAUGGACCUUGGGUGCCCUGCGCGACUGCCUGAACGGCAGCGACUGUCAUCACACAUGCCCGUGGACGCGAAUGGCCACGCGCACUCAGCUUCAGUGCCUCUGCCUGACCCACCUGCCACGUCUACGAAGGCUGCACCCCGCGUAGGGACAGCCACGACAGCAGCGCCUCUCUCUGUUAGACACAGAGAGCAUUCACUACAGCACCUACAACCACAGCCGUCGUCACCCCUGCGCCGGCGCCUCCACAGCGUAGGCUGCUGUGGCGGUGGCAGUGUCGAUGACGCACCUCCAUGUGUGCCGCAAGUGAUCCCGACGCAUGACAGCGUAUUCUUUCCUAUGGGAACAGACGUGAUCGCACCCGUGCUGCUGCACUACCUCAGCAUCGCCGGAUGGUCCACGACAGCGGGUGGGCGCGACUACUUUAAUCACCGUCGCUUGCGUGGAGGCGAGGUGGCAGGCCACACGGUGCGCUGGCUGCACACAGCAAAGCCACGCGACCGAUUUGUUUUUCUCGUCACGCCUGUGGUGAAUCGCGAAGAGGCCGUGCUCGAGAGCGAUACAGCCGCAGCAGCAGAGCAGCGCCGGCGGCGCGGACCGAGCAGCAUCACUGGGGCAUCUCCGUCGGUCGGUGAAAGCGAAGGCGGUGUCGCUACUGAACCCACACUCGACAUGCCAAGCAGCGGUGGCAGCAGAAAAGAGCGCAUGGCAUCGCACGGCAGCACCUGCACGGCAACCACGAAAAUAUCUCGCUGGGGGUGGAAUAAGCCCACUAACCUGCUGCAGAUGCUCCACGCACGCGUCUUUGGAGAAGCACCGUGGUUUACCUACAACACCAAGUCGGCAUGUGCGUUCAGUCGCAUUACCCAGGUGAACGUCGAUGACUCCCUCUCCGUCUCUGAUGCAGCCACACCGAGCGGGGACAUCCUCAGCGACCUGAGCAAGGACGACGACGACGACGACGACGAUGGCAUCAUCGAGGGCAACACCAGUGGCAGCAAGUUCUGCAGUGAGGGCGCUUUCCGGCGUUCACCACACAUCCGGGGCUCAACCCGAUGUCUACGUCAAUCCCUUCAAUAUGCGCGGAUAGCAACGGUGGGCAACGGUGGUCUGCGUGAGGGAACCCCGCCGCACAGCAUGUCGCCGACGCUCUCGGCGCGGCAGCUCUCGCAAAGCCCUUCUGCAACCGUAAUGGGCACCGUCUCUUCCUUCACGAGUUUGUCGCCGCAAUCCUUACCGAUUGCGUUCUCAUCGCCCGGUAGCGAGCACGCAACGGCGCAGAAUGCCUUACAUCCCAUCGCCUCAGCUCGCAACUCCAGUACCUUCGCCACCCCGAGCACCGGACUUUCACCGGUCCUCCCGCUCGCCUUCGACACGCAGCGCAGUCCCACCCCAGCUGAACUGCAACGCAUCAGCAGUGUGUCCAGGGCUGACAGCGGCAUCUACAACAGCUACGUGUGGUCACACAGCACAGGCACAGCGUCGGCGGCAAGCAUGAUGACCUCGCCGGUCACGCCGGGACAGCCGCUGUUGUCGCCCAUUCCUGCAGCGUCGGCUGCGCCCUCGUCCGGGGCGGCGAGCACCACGCCGGCCACUGUCGGCGUCGAGGUCGUGGUAGUCGCCCACGCCGAUGUGACGGCGAUGGACUACGCAUCUCGGCUCACCUCGCAUCGACUUUCCAUUGAAGCCAAAGCGGCGCACACGUAUUUCUUCCCCUUGCUCAGCGACGCCUUGGCGUACUACCAAUGCGAAGAUGCGAUGGAGCUCAUGGAGGAGCAGUGGGCUACCGGGGUGGCGAGUCAGAUCCCGCGUCCACACCCGGCAGCCCCGCGCUACCAGCGGCAGGAACAGCAGUGGGAGCGGCGACGGCACGACAGCCGCCAGUCGGCGCCCAGGGGCGGAAGUGCGGGUCACUGCACGAGCGUCCACACAGUGCCGUUCCCAUCGCUUGGAGAGACGCUCGUGCACGAGGAUUCCGACGAGCCAAACUUGCUCUCGUCUACCUCUCGGGGGUCGCCACUGACUAGAGCAGAUUCGCACGUUUGUCGCGUCGAUGGCUGCCGCGGAGUGCAAAGGCCUCGGCGCAGCAGUGCCGCUCCAGACAGCACAAAGGAUACCCUGUGGGGUGGCGAGGGCAGCGAGGUAGCGCGCGACAGCACCGCCACCGGUGUGGGUCUCUCCGGACCUCCGCUCGGGCUGCAUCGACACCGUCCGUGGCAACCACACAGCACGCCCACCCUCCCAUACCAAGCAGCGUUGCCGCCGCCACAGUCAUUGAGUCUGUCAGAUGCACUGCGCAACGUCAAGAGCAUGAGAAGCAUCAACGACAAGGACUCGUCCAUGCCAUCAACCUCUACCGCCACCUCGCCGACGGCGGCACCUAAGAACUUCCACUGCCGACCUUUCCAGCACCCGCUUCUCAGUGACCCGUGCAGCCCACCAGAGAACAGCUUUGCAGAACACAUGAGGAGCAUCGCCUCGCAGGGCCAUGAGGAGCGAAGCAUCAGCCGCAGUGGUGCGCGCAACAGUGGCCAACUGAGUCUCAGCAGCCACGCCGCCAGGUCUCCGCUGUUUCUUCCCUGCAGCCCUGCAGCUGCCCGCGCCACCGCCGUUUCAGCAUCUGCGGCCCCUCGCCCUGGUCUCAACUCGCAGCCGCAGCUAUGCUGCCGGUCGCCAGUGCGGCCGCGCCUGACGUCCUCGCACGGCGAGGUAGUCGUCAGUGUGUACACAGCUGACCCCGUCUUCAACACCAUUCUGCGCGAGCUGCUGGUACCGGAGCCGGGCACGCACCCAUACACAGUGAGCGUGGCGGAGCAGAAGAGGCUCCUCUCCAUGGUCGAGGUCGGCAUGCCAGCAUGGUCUAUCUUCUACAGCUCUACCGGUCUGCCAUACCGUCGUCUGUUCCGCCUGCUCUACUCGUGCUUCACCAACCUCUGGCCGCUGCUCUCACUAGCCGUCGGGCUGUAUGACUUGUACAAGCACCUACCGCAGCUGAAGCGGUUCAUGGAGCAUACACUGGAUCCCAUCACUCGGUGGAUGGAGGAGCGCUUUACCAUUCGCAUCUCCGUCCUCAUCACGUACCUGAUCUCCGUCCUUGUCACCAUCUUCAGCAGCCUCAGCUCCUUUGUCUCCCAGUUUUACCUCGCGCAGCUCUUCUCUCUGCCUGUCGUGCAGCUCUUGCUGGCGCUGCUGAAGCUCCCCUUUGUGAUCGCCUUCGACACGCUGUGGACUCUGGCAACGACUGUCCUCAGCACCGUCAGCUUUGUGCUGCAGGUGGUGCGUACGGUGGUGAUGGCGCCGCUCGUGCUGGUCACGAACAUCGCUUCGCUGCGUGAGGCGUUGGGGGCUGCUGUUCCGGUAGCCAUUGAGGGGACGUCCAUGUCGGUGAAGCGGUGGCGUGCGUGGGUGGAAUUUUGGGAAACGGUCGCGUCGCCCAUGAAAAACGCAGCGCGGGCGUGGUGGGACUCCAUGAUGCAUGUCAGCACCUCGGCGGCGCGGCGCGAGACGUCGAUCCGGCGGUGGACCUCCCCCAAGCUGGAGCAACUGGCAAUGGCAGUCGGGGAGAUGCAAGACUGCUUCGCCAUCAACGCACAGUUGUGGUGGCCUUAUGUUGUACUGCCGGGCAUUGAGCUCAAGGUGGUGCUGAGCGUGGCGCUUGUGUAUCUGUAUUGGUUGUUCCUGGUCAUCUCUCCUGAGCUCUGGGAUGAGGUCAUCUACGCCUCUGGCGUGCGACACCACCCGUCCCUCAGAAGAGGGCAAUCCGCAUCGCCACCGUCGAUGAUAGCUACAACGGCGUCGGCACCGUCCUUGGCCUUCCCAGCUACACCACCAGCCGACAGCCACGUGGACGCGCAGUACAAGGGUGGCAACAUCGACGUGUGCGACGAUGGAAGAGGCAUGUCGGCGUCGACUAGGCUUGUGAGUGUGAAGUGGAGCUUGUACGCCUUCUUCCACGACCUGCCUCAAGAUGCGGAGAGCUACUCUUCUCCCUCCCCGUCCUCCGCCAGCAUGCAGCCGCCGUCAACCGUCUCCAUAGCGAAGUCCCCGAGCCCCGCUGGUGCCGGCAGCACCCCUCCCCCCUUCGCAAUGCACCUGAAGCCGCAGCAGACUUUUUCAGCCCUCGUGGUGGAACUGUUGUUACCCAACAUGGUACUGGAGCUCCUGCAUCGUGCCCGCAGCGCGCUUGUGCUCGGCUGGUCCGGCGCUGCAGUGGUGGCAUCACGCAUGGCGGCGAGGCAUGCGAAGAGCUCGCUGAGCGACGCCCCCCUUAAAAGGAGCAACGCCAGCGCAGGCAUCAACGCAUCUUGCCAGUGCUCGUGGGUGGAGGCGCUUUCUGCGGUGUGCUUCGGGAACCACACAGCUGCGGAGGCGGCAACCGCCACCAACGUGUCUGGGCACGGCGGCCCCAUGAGGCGGUACGUGAAUCCACUCGUCGUGGACGCGUGGUGGGACGGCGAUGAGCCAUUUGCCUCUCCUGAAGAGCUGCUGCAUGUCUGGCAAGCAGCCGUGACCGCCAAGUGGGGUGACGCCGUCGGACGUGAGACACGGCGUGCAGCAGCGGCGAUGGUGGCGCCGCAGGACGACGCGACUGCAGCGGGCAACGUGCACGUCGAGGGGAUGCGACUUUGA